AUGGAAAACAUUAUUUCUCUCCAAGAUUGUGAAAAUAUCAUUAAAAAAUAUAGCGGCGAUCAAAUCGUUGAAAAUUUCCAAUUGAUUCCUUUGGAUACGAAACUUGGAUUAUUGGGGGAAUAUUUUAAAUUAAAAAUAAAAUUUUAUGAUAAACAACGUGAACAAAAGGAGAAACAAUUUUUUGUUAAAACUCUCGCUUUGACUGAAUGCCAAAGAAAAUUUACACUCGAUAAUGGGGUAGCUAUAAAAGAAGAAUGGUUUUAUUCGAAAUUUGUAGAGAAAUGUCUCAUAAAUGGGAUUGAAAUAAUACAAGACUGCGUCCCAAAGUGUUACUUAAUCCAAAGAUUAAAUAAAUUUGUUUUAUCCCUGGAAAAUUAUCAAGUAUUGGAUGCCCAAAAAUGUUUGAGUCCCCAAGAAGUUCAAAUUGCUUUGGAAAAACUUGCAAAAUUUCACGCUUCCACUUAUAUUUUAGAAGAAUCGUUAUCGAAAAGAAAAGCUUAUCGGAUUUCAAACGAAUUUUCGGAAUUCCUAAAAGAAUCUUUGUAUUGCACAGAAACGGAAAUCGCGAAGCAAUAUAUUGAAUCAAUGAAAACAGGCGUUCGAACUCACAUUGAUUUAUGUAAAAAUGUAAUAAACGAAUUCGACGAUGAGGAUAUUAAGAAAAAAAUUAUUAAAAUCAUCGAUGAUUAUCCAAUUUAUGUAAAACCAUCGCUUAAAUAUCGAAACGUGAUUUGUCACGGCGAUUUGUGGUCCGCCAACACCAUGUAUAAAUAUAAAAACAAAAUUCCUGUUGAUUUAAAAAUGGUUGAUUUUCAAAUGUAUCGAUAUAACCCUCCCAGUUCCGAUGUGAUAACUUUUUUGUACUUUUGUACUAAUCGCAAAUUCAGGGAAGAACAUUUAAAGUAUUGUUUUAAUUUUUAUUGGGAUCAAUUACGAAGCGUGUUGAAAAAAUACGAUUUAGAUGUGGAGACGAUUUUUUCAAGGGAACAUUUUUUUGAAAGUGUUGAAUAUUAUAAAAAAUUCGCUAUUUGCCAAGCAAGUACUCAUGGUCAUAUAUCCAUGAUUGAUUCUAAAUUGCUAUCUGAUAUUUUAUUUAAUCCGGAAUCCGUUACUGAAUUCAUGACUAAAUCUCGGAGUGAUAUUAUGGAAAAAAUGUUUGAAAAAGAUGCGUUAUGA